AAUCUUCAAUUUACAAAACCCGGAUUAAAACAAAUAUAACGAUUAAUUUUGCUUUAUAUUUUUAAAAUUUUAUUUGAAUUUUGCCACCACUUUAUCUAGUUCUGCGCAGCCGCCUGAGUAAUUUCUCUUUUCCGGUGAAGUUUGUGUUGCUGUUGUCGGAGUGACAAACAGUGUUUGACAUGAAGUUCAACAAAUUAGUUACUGCUUCGAGAAGCAAAAAUAGGAAACGGCAUUUCACGGCGCCGUCUCAUGUCAGGAGGCGACUUAUGUCUGCCCCCUUGUCGAAAGAACUGAGACAGAAGUACAACGUGCGUACGAUGCCCAUACGCAAAGAUGACGAAGUUCAAGUAGUGAGGGGCCACUACAAGGGACAGCAAGUAGGCAAAGUUGUCCAAGUGUACAGGAAAAAGUUCGUUAUUUACAUUGAACGAAUUCAAAGAGAAAAGGCCAAUGGGGCUACUGUUUACGUUGGAAUCCAUCCUUCCAAGGCCGUAAUUGUUAAACUUAAAAUGGACAAGGAUAGGAAGAAGAUCAUUGACCGCAGAGCCAAGGGCAGAUUGGCCGCUUUGGGCAAAGACAAGGGCAAAUACACAGAAGAAUCAGCGUCGGCAACAGCUGUUGAGACAUCUUAACUUUUGUGUAUUUAUUAUAAUAAAAGAAAAUUUGUA